AUAUUGCCAUCUCCCAGAUUCGUUGACUGAUUAAAUCUCGCCGGCAGAAAAUGCUAAAUCCUCUCCGGCGUUGAGAGGGCAAAAGAAAUACUGCGCGGAUUAUCAGGGGGGAAGACGACGAUGUCGCCGCCGGCUUCUCCAUGGUGGCGCACGGCAGUUUCCGUUAUCGUGCUGUCUUUCCUCUUCAUCUCUCCGGGCACCGCCAUCUACUGCGAUGAAGACGAUUGCUACGAUUUACUCGGGGUCACUCAGAGCGCCACUGUGUCCGAAUUAAAGAAGGCUUACUACAAGCUCUCGCUGAAACAUCACCCGGAUAAGAACCCUGAUCCAGAAUCGAAGAAGCUCUUUGUGAAAAUCGCAAAUGCCUAUGAGAUUCUGAAAGACGAAGCUACAAGGGAGCAGUAUGAUUAUGCAAUUGCACAUCCGGAGGAGGUAUUCUACAACACUGCUCGGUACUAUCAUGCUUAUUAUGGUCACAAAACGGAUCCUCGCAUAGUCUUGGUCGGGCUUCUUCUACUGCUCUCAGGGUUUCAGUAUCUGAAUCAGAAGUCUAGGUACCAGCAGGCAGUUGAGAUGGUGAAGAAGACACCCGCUUACAAGAACAAGCUACGAGCUUUGGAACUUGAACGCAGUGGAGGGCUUUCAUCUAAGAAGAAGAAUAACAGGCAGAUGGACAAAAAAGUAGAGGAAGAUCUCAGCAAUGAGCUUCAGCUGGACAUAAAAGGUGCUCAUCAACCCUGCAUCUGGGAACUUAUAGGUGUCCAAUUUGUCCUUCUACCUUACACCCUUGGGAAGUUGUUGCUGUGGAAUGGCUGUUGGUUAUGGAGAUACAAGGUGAAGAAAGCUCCAUAUGCUUGGGAAGAUGCUUCCUAUCUAACUCGUAGGUCGCUGAGAGUGCCUCUUGAACAAUGGGGAAGCAUCGAUGAAUCGACAAAGGAAGAUCUUGUUCAACGACGUCUGUGGGAGAAGUCGAAUUUCGAGAGCUACGUAGCUGAAAUGCGCAAGGACUCGAAGCGCAGGAGAUGAACAUCAAUGUUGUAGUAGCUUGCUUUAUUUAUCUCUUCCAUUGGAGGGCUGACAAACCAGCUGACAGCACACACAAAAUUUUGUUAGUCGGAUACAGUAUACAUAUACGAGCAUGAAGCAUACUGUACCUAAGAUACUGCUGAGUGAGUCCAUUUGUACUGCUACGGAAAUUUCACUUCUUAGUUAUUUCAUUACUACAGGGAUUCUGAACUCCAAAACUAUAUAGUCAUUAGUAUGCGAGACCAAUGAGUUACCAUCUUAUGUUUGUGGAUAACGUUAUUUAAUGUUCAGUUAUCAGUCUUGAUGAUUCUUUUUGCUGAUGUUCUUUGGCCUGUCUAAUGACAAAUUGGAGCAUUGCAGGGAUCUGUA